UCUAGUAGACAACCUCAUUGAGUCCAUGUGGCAAAAGAGUUUAUCUAUAAUGGUCCCCAUUUCAAAAGAAACACUUUUUACUUGACUAUAUCCUGCAGCCAGACAGUAUUACUCCUCUGCACUGUGGAGAGAUGAUGAUGCAGCCAUUAACAAAGUUGAAGCCCCGUGGAUGGACUCAGUCCAUGACUCAUGUACUAGACUCUACGCUGAGUUAGAUGUACCAGUGGUAACAUCUGGCAUCAACUGCCUUCAUUUUUUAAAACAUAAACAGUUUCCCCAUAUAAUGAGCCUGAUGGUGUCCUGAGACAGAGGACUAUUUGUCUUCGUUUCACCUGACCCUGAGCCUGUUAUGGCCUGGCCCACUACAGGACAAGAGCCAGGACCAAGGUUACCCUCAGCGCAAGGCUGGUUCCAGGGUCUGCAUAAGCAUAGGGUCACCUCAGAAAAUCAUAGUGUCCUUCAUAAUACUGACACAAUAAGAGGUGAUCAAGUGGCCCCUUCUCAAAACAAAAUUACUUUGACGAUCACCUUGAUCUCAGUGGUCAGACAGUGAUACAACAUGCCAAAAAUGUUGGGAGGAUAUGCUUCAUAUUGAAACAUGAAAGCAUUUAUUACUAAAAACACUUGAAAAGAUUUUACUCCUAAAAAAACUUAAACUUUACAAUCACAUUUAGCACAGUUUUUAUACAUCAAGUCAUUUGGCCGUCAACAAAAGUAAUGCUCGACCAAAGUGAAAAUGAAAGUUUAUUCAUUCUUAGAUCUCAGCGACAUGUGACGGCUUACAAACCUGAUCAAACCGGAAUACUUUAACUUCCCCUCAGUCGAUCAAAAGGCAACUGCUGAUAAACAAAAGAAAGUCUUUCUGUGCAACCGAUCAAUACGUCAUUUUUUUUCUUGAAAAAGGAGAGGAUGAAUUAUGACAUAUAUCACAGUUUUCUGUCAAUGUUCCUACUUCUUCGAGAGCAGUUCAGACCCUUUGACGAAAACCAAAGGAUGAAUAUGAACGACUACGAGAGUCUGCCUACAGCACUGAUGGACCCGCAGGAAAUGGAAUCGGAGGACUUUAUUCAGGGAUUGUUGGAGCUAGAGGAACAGUCUCUUGUGCUGGAAGAAAACAUUCAAAGAACAAAGAUAGAUAUUUUAGAAAUGAGGAACAGCAGGUCACAGUGUUUCAGAAAUGUUGAAGAACUACGUGAACGCUUGGAAAACUUUCAAACAAGGUUGAGAACCGCCUUCGAAACCCUGACAGGAAGGUCAAUGGAAGAAUUCCCAAGGAGAAUGAUGCCUAGUAUCUCAACACGGCACCCGGUGAGAGCAAGACGGCCGUGGCGUUUCAAGUCUUGUCCCAACAUCUCAUCAACACCUGAAGACCUUGGCUUUGAUUUUCUUAAUAAUCAGUGGAGAAGCUUUAACCGAACCCUAAAUUUCAAGAGGCACAUUGAAGACAGACUCCAAACCCACCACAAGGAUUUGAUUUCCCUUGAAAAGUUAUUCAAACAGUCCAGGAAGACACUGACACAGAUCAUGUACAGGGCUCGUCGACCUGAAAAUGUCCCAUCCGAGCAGAUUGAGGAAACUCCUCCUCCUUCACCAGCUCGUCGACCUGAAAAUGUCCCAUCCGAGCAGCUUGAGGAAACUCCUCCUCCUUCACCAGCUCGUCGACCUGAAACUGUCCCAUCGGAGCAGCUUGAGGAAACUCCUCCUCCUUCACCAAACCGCCACACUGAAAAUAACCGGACCAAGGUCCUUCUCUCUGGAGUCUUCGUUCAAUACGAAAGAAUGUAACUGGAAUCAACCGUCCUUGAAAUGAAUCCUGCAGUCCCAGAGUGAAAGGUACCAAGCAUGAGAAGGUGCCUACCACAGGAAAUAAAGUUACAUGCCAGGAUAAGUCCAGUGGCAGCCCAUCUUUCCUAGUGGCCAUUAUCAGCACAGUUGUAUAAUUUAUUAAAAUAAUGGCUGCCAGCUGUGUUGCCAUUUUCGUUUUCAUUUUAUUGGUAGGCCUGUAUAACUGAUUGAUAAUAAUGAUAAUUAUUGGCAGUUGCAUUGUUGUAAUGGACAACUUCUGAGAGAUUCAAAGGUUAUUAUUCCCCAUUUACUGUUGUAGAAGAAUUCAUAGAUGGGUCAUUUAUUCUGUAAAUAUCUCCAAACUACUCAUCAGCCAACAGACCUCAGCUGUCAUCAUAAUCUUCUGCAGAGCUCAGUGCUCCCAGCAGGCCCUCUAAUGGGCAACAUGGGAAGAGACUUCUGUGAUGAAUGAAUCUUAGACUGGAAGUACAAAAGGCAUUUGGGCAAAGGAGAGGAUAUAUUUAGAAUUUAAAUGAUUAAUUUAGAUUUUCCCGGUUUAAGUACAGAUUUAGCAAUGCUGUAAAAAUUGCCUGUUUUGUAAGCAGCUUGUGUCUAGUUUGGAUGCAUGUACAGUAGGUGUUCAAGACAAGUGAAUGGACAGAAUAAAAAGAACAGCCAAGAUCAUCACACAGCCAAACACAAGUCUAUCAGUGGAGACAGAGAAAGAGAUCCAGUUAGAUUUGAUGUGGGGCCUUUUUUUAUUUAAGUGCACUGAUACUGAUGAUCUGUUCUUUAAAUGACAAUCCUGUUGUGUGUCAUUCACAUUUGUGCACACAUUUAAAUUUACAUGUGUUCAAGUGUUGACCAUUUUGUGAUUAACAAGUCAUAAUAACCUGGUAUUUUAUAUGUACUAUGUCAGGAUGAAAAUGAAUGCAGUGUUGAGGAUUAACUGUUAUGCUUUACAAAAACGAUAACAGAAUAUCCUGGGCAAGUAGGAAAAAAGACAAGGUCACAAUAUUUUUGUAAGGAGAGCUGUAGUACUGGGGGAGAGCAGGGGUCAAAAGUGCAUUCUGUCCAGCAAACGAGAAAAAGGGAGAGAAAACCGAGAAGAUGGACAAGAAUAGUGAAGACCUCCCUCAACUGCAGCUGUAUUAAAGGAAAUGUAACUCUGAGGAAAUGUCUGUUUUUAGUUAGUUUUUUUUAGUCCGUUUUUUUGGCCGUUGUUUGUGGGAUUUUUGUUUGUUUGUUUUUUACUUUUUUACUCUUUUUUACUUUUGAGCAGAUUUUUAGCUUAUUAAAAUAUACUCUUUUGAGAUUUUAUAGUUUGCUUGUUGUGUUAAAUAAAACUAUUGAAAGACAGAAACUUCUCAUCUUUUUUUGUUCUGAUUCUUGAUUCAUCCAGGGCUCUCAACUACAUUUUUGGUAGGCAGGAGGUAGCGUAGUAGACAUAGUUACUUCACACAGCAGUACUUGUGGACUGUUAAAUAGCAUCAAACCAGUGGGAACGGUACUUCA